ACUGAGAGAGAGGAGGAAAUAGAAAAAAUUAUCAAAUUGAGGUGUCAUUUUUUUCUCAACGAUUCCAGUAAAAAACAUGAAUUAGAAUGUGAAACAUCUCAGGGGAACUUUCAGUAGCAAACUCUUUAAAAAGUUUGUAACUCAGACCUUUUCAAAGCUUGAGUAGGACAGUGAAAACAUUUUUGCUAAAGACAUGGACAUUCGUGUAUAUAAUAGCUCCUUUCGUGUUGCACGCAAGAAAAAAAGUCAUACAAGUUCACUAUGUAAAGCCAAUGCAUCUGAGAACAUUCAGAGAUGCAUUUGAAGUUCUGUUUGAAACUCUAUCUGACACAUUCUAUUUCUCCCCUGCAGAUGGGCAAUGUGUCAAAAACUGCCCUGUUUGUAUCCACAAUCUCCAGACAGCAAGACAUCCUCAUGGGAUCAAUUUAUUCAGUGUUCUGUGUCUUGUCGCUCCUGGGAAAUGGCAUACUGUUGUUUGUAGCCUACCGUAAGAGGUCAUCUUUGAAGCCAGCAGAGUUUUUCGUUGUGAACUUGUCUGUGAGUGAUCUAGGGAUGACCCUGUCUCUGUUUCCUCUGGCCAUCCCAUCUGCUCUAGCACACAGAUGGUUGUUUGGGGAGGUAGCAUGUCUGUGCUAUGCUGUGUGCGGGGUUUUAUUUGGCUUAUGCAGCCUAACAAACCUGACUGCUUUGUCUUCAGUAUGCUGUCUCAAAGUCUGCGUCCCAAAUUACGGUAACAAAUUCUCAUCCAGCCAUGCUUGUGUGAUGGUGGUUGGGGUUUGGUGUUACGCCUCUGUCUUUGCUGUGGGACCUUUGGCCCGGUGGGGCAGUUUUGGACCAGAACCGUACGGAACCGCCUGCUGCAUAAACUGGUACACUCCAUCCCACGAUGCCCUAGCCAUGUCUUACAUCAUCAGUCUCUUUAUUUUUUGUUAUGUUAUUCCCUGUACCAUCAUCAUCCUCUCUUACACCUUCAUCCUACUGACAGUGAGGGGGUCUAGCCAAGCCGUUCAACAGCACGUCUCUCCACAAACCAAAGUGUCCAAUGCACACGCUCUUAUUGUCAAGCUGUCAGUGGCUGUGUGUAUUGGCUUCCUUACGGCUUGGAGCCCGUAUGCCAUUGUUGCCAUGUGGGCUGCGUUCAGUGCCAAUGAGCAGGUCCCACCCACCGCCUUUGCGCUGGCAGCCAUCCUGGCCAAAUCUUCCACCAUUUACAACCCUAUGGUUUAUCUCCUCUUCAAACCCAACUUUCGCAAAUCACUGAGUAAGGAUACCCAAACCAUCCGCCACAGGAUUUGUUUGAGCCAUAGUAAAGCCAGUCCCACAGCAGGAGUAAAGGAUCGGCAGGUACAGAACUUUCAGCAGUGCAACAAUAAGGAUGCCAGCACCUCCACACCCUUUUCCAGUGGACAUGCAGAGAGUUAUGGGGCAUGUCAUGUCUCUGUAGAAGCAGAGCCACGUCUUCAGCAAAUAAGUCCUCAGAGAACUGCGCGUAUUCUGGAGGGCACCGUUCAGAGUGAAAUUCCAGUGAGACAACUGACUGACAGAAUGCAAAAUGACCUCCUGUGAGAGAUACUCAAUAAAGAAAGAAUGCAUAAAAUGUAAGGAGGGAAAGGAUGAUAAAACUUGUAAGAAUCACAGAUGUCCUUAGAUGCCCAAACACAAGGACAAAGAAAGCUGAGGAGAAGGAAUAAAAAAAAUCUCCCUGUUGUUUCUGGAUUCUUAUUGAUCCUCAGAACUUCCUGCUGAUUUCACCAAUGUUUACUGAACCAAAUCCACUUAAAGACCAGUGAGAUACUGAUUUCGAAAAACAAUUGAAGUUCAACCUCACAAACUGUGUUUUAGUUUCAGACAUGGUUUGCAAUGAUAAAAGCAAGGUCAGUUCACUAAAUAAAUAAAGAUUGUCAUCUGCUGGCUGAACAGGAGUAUUACAACUGAAAAGAUUGGGUGGGUUUACAUUGCCAAAGCAUUGAUAAAAUUACACAAAGCCAGUAUUAUCAAUGUCCGUGUGAUAGUAACACAGACUAACAGUGCAAUAGCAAAGCAAACUACAAACUUAGUAUUGUUUGUUCCCAUCUAAACGGCUCCCAUUCCUAUUGCACAUUGAUUCAUUAAAGGACAAAAGUACUUAAUCUAAAUGGAAAUUGCAGUAAAUUUGCAGUGGUUGGUGAGGUUGAUUGGAUGCACCCUGUAGCCUGCAAGCAUGGUGUAAUGAGCAAGGUCUACCUAUAUGGGUCACUACACUCUCAAAAAUAGACAGAGGCAGGAAAAAGAGAUCAGGAAAUUCAGUGAAAUAGCCUUGAGGCACCCCCAAUUCAAAGAAAGCAUACAGAAAAAGACAGGAUAGGUUUUUAUUUUUAAAUCAAACCUCUAAAAGAUCUGUUCAUGAAAACAAUCCAAAAUCUGACUUAAACUACAGUUAGAUGUUUGACUAGGAGAUAUGUUAUGAAGAAAAUAACUAUUGAUUUACCCAGGCUAAACUAUUCCCUUCACUGGCAGCUGUUAACUCUAUUGUUCAAUUAGCUCCCUCCUCAGGCCUUGACUGAGAGAGAUGCAAUUCAACAGAUACAAUCACACUAGCACUUCACAGCAGUGCGCUGUGCUCAAUCCAACACUCACUGAACCUUUGCUUGGAGGGAUGUGAGAGUCGAUAUCUAAAACAGAGGCUUUUAAUACCAACCGAGAGGGUUUUCAGGGCAUUUCUUUUGUGUCGACAAGUUCUGGAAACUGAUCAAAAUUCAACUACACUUUAUCUGUAGGUUUCAGUGGGGAGAAUGAAAGCGAGUCCAGCUUUAAUACACCACUAAUAAGUCUCAUGUGAAUAUAUAUAUAUAUAUAUAUGUGUGUGUGUGUGUGUGU